AGUGUCACAUGUGUCAUUUACGGUGUCAACCAACCUGGAAAGUCGUGAGGAAUAAGCAGAGAGCUUUUGCGGGGUAAUUAAUCGGUCGAAAAGAGGCCAAGAGUGUUUAAGUAACUCUAAUUGAGCGCGUUUACAUGUGGUUUAUUGGUACGUUGUGCUUUUAAUGUGGGGGGUGUUUAGCAUGAACAGGCUCCAUGUGAGGCUCUGGUGCUUAACGUCGCUGUUCGUGAAAGGCAGGACUCUCUCUGCUGCUGCCCCCCGUGACUCUCUUCUCCACCGGACUGUUUUCCAGCUUUUUCGGACCAUGGCCACCAAUAGUAGUAGCAACAAUAAAGAUUUCCCGAGGAAAGCCAAGCAGAAGGAGCCGCUGCGCAGACUGAGAACGAAAGAGAAGCGAAGAGACGUUCACGGACCAUCCACCGUGUACCUGCAAGUGGUCGGUGCUGGAAGCAGAGAUAAUGCUGCGUCAGUUUACGUCUUCUCCGAGUACAACAGGUAUUUGUUCAACUGUGGUGAAGGAACACAGAGGCUAAUGCAGGAACACAAGCUAAAAGCUGCUCGCUUGGACAACAUCUUCCUGACCAGACUGAGCUGGGAGAAUGUGGGAGGUUUGUCAGGGAUGAUAUUAACCUUGAAGGACACCGGUGUCCCUGAGUGUGUUCUCUCUGGGCCUCCACAGCUGGAGAAUUACCUGAAUGCCAUCAAGUCCUUCUCUGGACCGCUGGAGGACAUUAAGCUCUCGGUCCGACCGUACACCGAGGAGACGUACGCCGAUGAGACCAUGACGGUUUAUCAGGUGCCGAUAUUUGCCAAGGUGAAGGACAAUAGCAGGAAACUCUCCCCCGAGUCGGGCAGGAACAGCCCCUCUCAGGGGUCUCCAAUCAAAGACGACUACAACAACAUUAACAGCAGUCUAGAUUAUCCAGCUGAAAGGCGAACAGCAGCGAGAGAUCCCUCUUUGGUGGUUGCCUUUGCCUGCAAGCUUCACCCGAAGAAGGGAAACUUCUUAGUCGCUCAAGCCAAAGAGCUCGGGCUGCCCGUGGGCACAGCAGCUAUCGGUCCGAUCAUUGCAGCUCUGAAAGACGGGAAAAGCAUCGUGCAUGAAGGAAAAGAGAUCCGACCCGAGCAGGUCUGUACUCCUACUGAUCCCGGACUCGUCUUUAUUAUAGUCGAGUGUCCGUCUGAAGAAUUUGCUGCAGCUCUUUGUGCCAAUCAGCAGCUGGAAAGAUACCAGACAGGUGGGACAGAAGACCCUGCUGCGUUGGUCGUCCACAUCACUCCUGAGUCUGUUUUGAAAACAGAUCAAUACAAGAAGUGGAUGGAGAGGUUUCCAUCCACAACAGAACACCUGAUCCUUAAUGAACAAGUGUGCACAAUCCACAACAUCAGAAGUCACAAGAUUCAGGCCCAGCUCAACGUGAUCCACCCAGAAAUCUUCCCCCAGCUUAAAGCUUACCAAACUAAGGAACCUCAGGCGGCCUUGCACGUCCCAAACGUCAGAGCGGAGUGUCUGCUCAAGUUCCAGCUCAGACCUGUAAUGGAGUGGCAAAGAGAUGCCAUCCCCUCUUGCAACUCUGAGGAGUUUGUGAAAGAAGCUUCUGAGGUCCCAAACUUUCUGGCAGAAGUGGACAAGUGCAGGAAGAUUUGCUCCGCUGGCGCUGCAGAGCUUUCUGGUCAAAGAGAAAACUAUCCAGAGGUGGUUUUCUUGGGAACUGGAUCAGCUCUUCCGAUGAAGAUCCGAAACGUCAGCGGCACUUUAGUUAAUAUCAGCCCGAGUCAGUCUUUGCUGCUGGACUGCGGAGAGGGAACCUUCGGUCAGCUCUGCAGACACUACGGGGACGACGUCGAUGACGCUUUGUCCAAGAUCUCGACGGUUUUCAUCUCGCACCUGCAUGCCGACCAUCACACGGGGCUGGUUCAACUGUUGUACCAGAGAGAGAGGGCACUGACAACUUUGGGAAAGCCGUUCAGCCCGAUCUACCUGGUUGCUCCGGUUCAGAUCAUGACCUGGCUCAACCAGUACCACGACUACUGUGAGGAGAUCCUCAGUCACAUUAACCUCAUCCCUAAUAAAUUUCUGUGUGGCGACGCCGAGGUUCCCAAACAGAGGAUGAAGUCAUUCAUCCAAGCGAUGCUGAAGAAGAACGACCUGAAGAGGUUCCAAACGUGUUUUGUGCGUCACUGCAAGAACGCUUUCGCCUGCAGCUUCGCUCACCAGUCAGGCUGGAAGCUGGCCUUUUCUGGAGACACCAUGCCCUGUGAUGCAUUCGUACACAUCGGAAAGAAUGCAACCUUACUAAUCCAUGAGGCUACGCUGGAAGAUGAGCUAGAGGAGGAAGCUGUAGAGAAAAGACAUAGUACAACCUCCCAGGCCAUUGGCAUUGGCAUGAAGAUGAAUGCUGACUUCAUCAUGCUCAACCACUUCAGCCAACGCUACGCUAAGAUCCCUCUUUUCAGUGAAGACUUCAACAACAGGGUGGGAAUAUCCUUCGACCACAUGAGAAUUAAUUUUGGAGACUCUAAAAUCAUCCCCAAACUCAUUCCCUCUCUAAAAGCCCUCUUUGCUGAGGAGCUCGGUGAGAUGGAGGAGAGGAGGGAGAGGAGGGAGAUGAGAUAUCCAAGAGGAAGCAGCUCUGGGGUGGCCAGCGAGCAGGAGAAGACUGGAGCACCAGAGGUCGGCAGAGGCGCUAAGAGAGACCCGGAGGAAGCAGCAGCAGCACAUGUAGAUGUGAAGAGGUUGAAAUCCCGCUGAUUACACUGAAUUUCAUUUAAACACGAGUUCAUAGAAAAGGAGUGAACGAGUGCAUCCUGAGUUAUUUUAUUUAAAUGAACUGGAGAUUUUUAUUUGGCUUGUGUGGUCUAAAGAUUAACUGUACAGAUCUGAGCUGUGACUGUAGUUUUUUGUUUAACAGAAUAAAGCAUUACC